GAUAUCCCUUUACACUAUAAUAACACCUUCCAUUUCUCACAUGCAUUAGCAAGUCAAGAGAACCCUUAUCACUUUCCUUCACAUUAUUGCUACCAUGUCUGCGUUAAGACUCCCCAUUCCAUUACAGAAAACUCUAAUAACAUAUUCUACACCAAACACAACCAUCUCUUAUAAUUCUAAUCAUUACUCUUAUCAAAAUUUUCUUCCAUAUUCUUCUGAAGUUUCUAAACCCGUUACCAAACGCUGCACAAUCUCCAUGGCUUUUAAGCAUGAAGUGAAAGAUGAAACUUUUCCCGUUUUGGAGGCAUUGCCUGCAGAUCUGCAGGCGGAGCUGAUGCCGAACCAUGUGGCGGUGAUAAUGGAUGGGAAUGGGAGGUGGGCAAAGAUGAAAGGGUUAUCGGCGUCUGCCGGUCACGAUGCCGGUAUGAAGUCGUUCAAAAGGAUGUUGAGGCUAUGUUAUAGCUGGGGAAUAAGGGUUCUCUCAGUUUUUGUGUUCUCUACUGAUAACUGGAAUAGGCCCAAGGUGGAAGUUGAAUUCUUGUUUGAACUCGUGGAAAGAUUAAUACAUUCUCAAAUUGAAGAAUGGAAAAGGGAUGGAAUUAAAAUAUCUAUGAUUGGAGAUACAUCAAAGCUCCCUAGUUCUUUGCAAAGAACAAUAACUAGUGCUGAGGAAAUUACAAAGGAAAAUUCAAAAUUCCAAAUUAUUAUGGCGGUUAACUAUGGUGGAAAAUCCGAUGUUGUCCAAGCAUGUAAAAGUUUAGCCAAGAAAGUGAAAAAUGAUCUUAUUCUUUUAGAAGAUAUUGAUGAAAACAUACUUGAAAAUGAGCUGGAGACAAACUGCACUGAGUUUCCUUAUCCGGAAUUACUGAUCCGGACAAGUGGAGAACUUAGAAUUAGUAAUUUUUUGUUAUGGCAAUUGGCAUAUACAGAAUUUUUCUUUAACAAAAUACUUUGGCCAGAUUUUGGGAAGGAUGAGUUUAUAGAAGCUUUAAUAUCAUUUCAACAUAGAAAGAAACGUUAUAUGGUGGUGGAUCUUAUUAAUUAAUUCACAACUAUUUAUCUUCCAAUGUCGUAGUGAUGAUUUAUUAGAAGAUAAAGUAUCUUGCUUGUCAAGAAAUGGUUGUUUGAUAAGUCGUCGAGGUGUAUUUGUUCUUUUUUUAAUUGGUUAGUGGAUCAUAUUCUUAGUUUGUGUCAAUAACGGUUCAAGUAUAUCAUAUGAUUUUCUUGUCGGUGUGGUCCUUAAUUGCGUGUAAAGGUUUUCUACUUUGUUCAUGAUAGUUCAAUUUCCCUGACUCUAGCCUGGCUAUUUUUGUCUAUUUUUCGAUCGAUUUUUUUGUUUGAUUUUUCUUUCGCUUUUUGUUUUGUGGUGUAACUUUUGUUUCGCUUUUUCUUGUUGUAUAAGAAUAGAGAAAAUGAAUAUUUUUCUAUGUGCCUGUGAAUAUCUGGAUGUGAUCGAAUUUGUUUAAAUGCCUAAAGGGCUGAAGGUGAUUUGGGGGGCUCAGAUACCAUCAAAACUGAAGAUAUUUGGUUGGAGAAUUCUGCAUGAUAGAUUGCCGACGAGGAAAAAUUUGCCGUGAAGAGGAAUUAUUUUGCAUAACAAAGGGGAUCUGUGUGUGUUUUGCGAGCAACAUAGCGAAAAUCCAAAUCAUAUUUUCAUAUUCUGCUCUAGGAUGCAAAGGUUGUGGUCAAGUAUUACGCUAUGGCUGGAUAUUGAUACUCACCGUGCAACAGACUGCUACAGCCAAUUACAGUUGAGCGUUUCCUCAUUGACGGGAAAAAUGCAGAAAAAAAGGGCAGCAACUAUUUGGGUGACUAUUUGGCGGUGCAUUUGAAAGUUUCGAAAUGAUAUGUUAGAAUUCGGUUCUGUGGUAUUCUUGGUGGUGGCUUGCUAUAGAAGCCAAAGUUAGAAUUAGGUGUAAUUUUUAUGAGUGGUUUAAAAACCCGUCUAUGUGCAUGUAACUAGAGGUUGCUGGGUUCAGGUUUUACCUGAUUUCUCUUGUAAGGGUUGAGUAUCCCUAAUACUAUCUUCUUUAA